AACCAUGCCAAAAAUUAAAAAUUGGGUAAUUCUUGAUAUCCACACACUGAAGUAUUAUAGUGACACAUAAAUCAGAUAACUAUGUUUUGAUUUUAAAGACCAAAGCCAAAUACAGUAUAGUUGAACAACAUAACUGACCUUUUCAACGACAGGAUUGUAACUUCAAUUGUAAUUAGUUUGUUCUUUCCCAGAUAAGAUUUUUCUUUAUGUUGCUGUGCAGGUUGGCUGUUCAGAUGGAAGUAUUAGAUUGCACCAAAUGACUUCAGAGCAUCCCCUCAUACAGUGGAAUGACAGCACAAAUGGCCAGCCAGUUAUUGCCCUCCAGUGGGCUCUCACAAGACCUGCUGUGUUUUUCGCCCUGGAUGCAUCAUCUACUGUUUACAUUUGGGAUCUACUGGAAAACGACUUGUGUCCUGUAGCCAAACAAAUUAUCCAAUCAGAUAAGGUUAUGACUAUGGUUGUAUUGGGUGAACCGGAAAAAACAAAUGGUCUGUUGGGGAUCGCAUUGGCCAAACAAUCUGGAAUAAUAGACAUUCAGUAUGUAAAGAAGAGGUGGGCAUUACCUCAGUCAGAAGAGUCAGAAAAACUACAGUUGCUCUUGGAACAAUCCUUAUAAAGCAGAGAAAUUGUCUUUUUCUGCAUGUACAAAUACGGCUGGCUAUAUUUAGAAUUUUUCAUUUGAUUACUAUAAUAAAAAGAUUUAUAA